CAUUUGUGUCAACAAUGAGCAAUUUGAGCAAUUUGUCUCAAACGCAGGAAUACCUGAGUUUUCGGUCCAACGUGCCCUUGCGAAAAAUCACCGUCGACUCGGACGCGACGAAGUCAUGGCGAAUCUUCGAUUCCGGCCCGAAAACGAUCACGUCACCUCUGAUAUUGCUUCCGCCUGUAUCCGGAACGGCGGACGUCUACUACAAGCAGUUAUUAAGUCUGAGCGCUAAGGGCAUCAGGGUGAUCAGUUGCGAGAUGCCGGUUUACUGGAACGUCAAGGAUUUCUGCGAAGGCUUCAAGAAACUGAUCGACCACCUCAAACUGGACAGGGUGCACAUUUUUGGUUCGGCUUUGGGUGGCUAUUUGGCACAGAAGUUUGCGGAGUACACGAUAAACAGCGAUCGCGUGGCUAGUUUGAUUUUGUGCAACACAUUCUCGGACACGGCGGUCUUUAACAAUCACGAUUCCGCUGCCCUGUUCUGGAUUUUGCCGGCUUUAGUUUUAAAGAAAAUGAUUAUGGGCAACUUCAACAGUGGGGAAGCGGACCAUCAAACUGUGGAUUCCAUUGAUUUUAUGGUUGAACGACUUGAAAGUCUCCCACAGACAGAACUGGCAAGUCGUUUAACAUUGAACUGCUUAAAGGGUUAUGUAGAAGCUCAUAAACUAUCUCAAAUUCCCAUUACAAUAAUUGAUGUGUUUGAUGAAUAUGCAUUGUCAAAUGCAGUAAGGGAGGAAUUGUAUAAAUGUUAUCCACAUGCCAAACUAGCACAUUUGAAGACUGGAGGAAAUUUUCCUUUUCUAAGCAGGAGUGGUGAAGUUAAUUUGCAUUUACAGAUUCACCUCCGGCAAUUCGACGAAACAAAAGAUUCAGCAUCGGAUCGACCCCUGAUAAAAAAGAAUUAAAACCAAACCAAAGAAAAUCGCCCUUUUAUUGCCUUAAGUUAGCUUCCAUAUCUCAUAGGAUUCAUAAAUUUAGUGUAAAUAUGUCCAUGGAUUAUGAUAAAAUCUGUUGAUUUUAAAAGAAACAACAAAAAACAUACAAGUCAUAGAAUAAUUAGUUUAUAAGUAAAAUAUGUAUAUAUGUGUUAAAAACUGACGACUUUGAAAGAAGUGGAACUUAUUAAUGUUUAUACUUUAUUAAAUAAAAAUAUUAAACGACAA